UAACUCAAGAAAUAUCUGUUGUAUAAAAUUGAGAUUUCUUUUGUUUAGUGCUUGUGAUGUUUUAAAGACGAAGCAUUAAUAUCAAGGGAAAUUGUCAAGGAAUUAAAUGAAUAUAUCCAAAACAAUGGCAUGCCGUGAAAUAUCGGUUGUAUGAAAGUGAACUUUCCGCGGUCUGCUGUGAAGUUUAAAGGACGUAUCUUGCAAUUUUAACCCCAGCGCCGCCGUACCACAACAUCACCGUUAAUUUCGUACAGCGCCCUCUUUUGACAGGUUGUCAAAAUACCAUAGUGAUGGUUUACGCGUCCACUCCACUCAAUCCAAGGAAAGACGCAUUUCAAGAAAUGUGAUCGAAUUUAAUGUUUAAUACCAAAGAAAAUGGCGCAUAUGUUGGGAGGUGAGUAUUGCAUUGAGAGUCUGCAGAGUGAUGUUCGCGAUCUCCAGUCAGCGGUCGUCGAUGUGACGUCCAGAGCUGGCCCGGUUCGAUACCCAUCAUGGAAGUUUCCUGACAAGAUCUCCAGUGACCUUGACAUUCCGUCUCUGCUGGAGGAGCACAGUUUCUCAGAUGACAUGGAGGACAAUCAAAUUGCCCAUAUCAUCCUCUUUGAGCUUGUGAUUGACAGGAUGAUGCUCUUACUUCAAGGCUUCACCCGUUUUGUUGAGAUGUUACUGUCUGGAUCCCAAGGUCGUCCCCCGACCGCAGGUCAUGUGGUCGGUUCCCAAAUGUCCAUCGGUUUAGUCGUCAAGAAGUUCUGGAACAAAAUGGUCCAGCUGAACAACCUGUGCCAACAACUCCAAACUGAGAAUACAGCCAAAGGAAAAACUGUCAACAAAUUGGAAGCCAUCAACACGGAACUUCAGCUCCAAACGCUAGAAACUACCAAGAAAUUAAACCUAAACAGCACGGGCGACUCUCUGAAUCCCUCUGCGAAGACUGCAAACUCUCCUCUGUCAAAGUCACUCAGUCCAGGAUACGGUGGUUUGUUGCCUCCUAACUCCAGUCAGGUUCAGUCGUCUGUGUCGCUUAACUCCAAUGAUUCCCACAAUGCAAUAGCCAGGGAUACCAGAACAAUUGCAUCCCAGACUUUGGAGACUGCGUUCGUGCCUUGCGAAGCCUGUGCAUGCAUCCAGCUGAGCUUAAAACAAGUGGCGGAUUUGAUUACUGAGAUCUGUGACUCGCAAGGGCUCACGUCGGCCAUCGCAAAACACCGGCUUCAAGAAAUCGAUGCCACUAUGACGGCAGCAGACGUGACCCGGUGGUCCACCCAGCAAGCUAAAGAUCUCAGUCAAAUCAAGCAGUGUCUCCAAGAUCUCUUGAAUCAAAUCGACCCGCUAACUUCGGAUCUCACGGCAUCCAAAUCGGAAUGUUCAGAACUGAAGAAAGGCAUCAGCGACAAAUCCUUAGAACUCAAAAAGGAAAAAGAUGCUCGCGAGGCGCAGCGGAGACAGCACCAGGCCAAACUCAAGGAAGUUGAGAGGCAGCACGCCGAGUCUAUCCUCGUGGUCCAUCAGAGAUUGGAAGACAUCAAGAAGGGAAAGAAACAAGACGAAGAAGAACUGUCGGCUCUGAAACGUGAACUCCAAAAACAGUGCGAGGCUAGACAAGUUUUAGAGGACAUCAAUAACAGACUGACGCUUGAGGCAGAGGGGAACACGUCCAACCGAGCGACAGUGCUAAGACUCGAGAGCCAAUUGGAAGAGCUGAGUAGGCAGCUGCAGAUUACCAGUGAAGAAUUGCAGGGUACCAGCAAGCAGCUCGGCAAGGAACAGGCACGAAACAGAAGCAUCGACAAGCAUGGGCAGUCAAUGCAAAACAAGCACGAUGCCUUGUCAAGGCGAGUGGACGAGCUGGACCAAGAGUGCAAUGACCUGCGAGAUUCCCUAGCUGACGCUGAGGAGGCGCAGGAACAGUUGAUGGAACAGCUAAAAGACAUGCAGAGGGAGGUGAAGGAAUUAAAGGAAGAGCUGCAGAAAGAAAAGACGUUGGUUUCCUCGGUCCGAGAGGAGAAACAGUUUCUUGAGAGUUCCAUCGUGGACCUUCAGACGAUGAUCGUAACUUUGGAGGGACAGCUUAAUGACGCGCAUGGAAGGGAGAGAAUGCUGGUCCAGUAUCCAGACAUGAACCCCGGCAUAGUGCCUCAGGGUCCUGCACCCACAGGUGACGGGGACAACCCUUCCGACAUGAAGCAACAGGUGCAGUCCAACAACAUCCGCAUCCAGAUCCUAGAGGAGCAGAACAACCUGCUACGCAAGAACAUCUCCAAGCUGCUUGCUGAACAAGACAGUCAACAGCAGGGUGCUCAGGUAUCAGGCCCUGCCAUUCCGUUGUGGCAGUCAUCGGGAGCGCUUUCAAGAAAUCAUGAUGACAACUCAAGAAACAAGAUGCCCGCAGCGCAACCAAAGCAGGAUCAUCAUCAACAUCUCUAUGCAUACAAGAGCCCCUCAUUUAAUCCAGAAGGUCAAACAGUGACGAAUCUCUCGCCAGAAAACCAACCUAUCAGGAAGGCAGUUAGCGCUGAAUAUCAUUCUAGGAGACGCAGUCCACGGGGGGAAGUACCUGCUAGCUAUGGCGUCCAGAAAACAACCACGACACCGAAACCACCGCAGAAAGAUGGAAAAACAAAACAAGGAGGAAAGCGAACCAGUAGCAGCGGAAGCGUCAACGUAGCCAAGUUAGCCUCUGCUGGAGGAGGGAACACAAGUCUUCAUGCAUACAUGAAGCUAAAGCAGAGUGGCGCAAUAACACCUGGAGAGAAGAAUACAGGCAGAGCUGCUGAAAACAAAGCACCGACCAAUAGCAGGCCUCCUCUCAAAAGCAGACAAGGCUGGGUCCACAGUGAAUACAACAAGGGCUCCCAUAGGUCCAAGGAGCAUUACAGUCCCCUGGACACGUUUGUGUGUCCCUCCUGUGAUAAGAUGUACACAUCGGAACAAGACCUCGAGAUCCACCAAUCCUACUGCUAUGGAUAGAGAUGUGCAGCUACUACUAAGCACAUAAAUACUUGCAUAGUAAAUUGAGUUUACUAACCAAAAUGUCAUGUGAUGGGUAUUGCUUAAGCCCGUGUCCCUGCAGAUUUUAGCUUAGUUGUAAAUUUCUCAGCAAAUUUCUGCUAUAGUUCCCCGAAAUUCACCUUCAGACUAGCCAAAUUACAUUUUCAAAGUUGUUUUUGUAAGUAUAAUUAUUUU